CAGGCCCCCUCAACUGGCCGCGCCCUCUUCAGAGAUGGCGGGCCUUGCCGAAGUUGAUUCUGAUUCCCCCUCGGCCCCGGCUCUCGGCCGCUCCCGGAGUCCCAGGGCUUGGCUGACUGUGGAGCCGGUCCUGUUCCUGACUAUGUUGGCGCUAGCGCUGCAGGGCCCGCUCUCCACCCAGUAUAUCUUCCAGAGGGUCAGCGCCGAGCUCGGGUUCAACGGCAGUCGGAGCCGAGGCUGCAACAGCUCAGGAGGCGCCGAGGCUCAACUGGAGCAGGCAGUCGAGGCGAUGACCUCCCACUGGAACCUGUACAUUAACCUGGGGGGUUUUGCUGUAGGACUCUUCUCUGUAACGCUGCUCGGACCGUGGAGUGACCGUGUUGGCCGCAAGCCUAUCCUAAUCUUGCCCAGCAUCGGCCUAUCGUUGCAGGCAGCGAUCUACCUCAUUGUCAUGUACCAGAAGCUGCCGAUCAGCUACUUUCUGAUUGGUCGCUUGCUGAGUGGACUUCUGGGGGAUUUCAACACCAUCCUGGCUGGAUGUUUCUCAUACAUCGCAGACAUCAGCGACAAGCAGUCACGCACAUUCCGCGUUGCAGUGCUGGAAGCUUGCCUAGGAAUCGCAGGAAUGUUUGGGAGUAUUAUCGGAGGCCAAUGGAGUAAGGCACAAGGUUACAUCAGUCCAUUCUGGCUUGUGUUGGCAUUGAACUUGGCCACUGUUGCGUACGCCUUCACUUUUGUUCAAGAGUCUGUGACCGUGAAAGAAGCCAGCAAACUGUUCACGACGAAGCAUUACAGAUCAGUGUACCAGCUAUACUCCAGCAGGCAGGAGACUGGUCGAAGGUACCGUCUCUGCCUCUACGCACUCUCCCUCUUUGUUGUCGUGACAGUUCAUUUUGGGGUCAAGGACAUUCUCAUCAUCUUUGAGCUGAGCUCCCCACUGUGUUGGCAAUCUGAUCUGAUUGGAUACGGUUCAGCAGUCGAACACUUGACCUAUCUGAGUAGCCUGCUGGGACUGAAGGUGAUGCAACUCUGCCUGGAGGACAGCUGGAUUGCAGAGAUUGGGCUGGUGUCUAAUGUGGCUGGUUUGGUCAUCUUCUCAGUGGCAGCGACCAGCUCUGUCAUGUUCUCAGGUUAUGGUGUGCGCUUCCUUGCAAUGGCCACUACACCAGUGAUAAGAGCCAAGUUAUCAAAGUUAGCUGAUGUGACUGAGCAAGGAGCGCUGUUUGCCUCAGUGGCUUGUGUGGAGAGUGCCUGCUCAUUGGCAUCGACAGUUAUCUUCAGCUCUUUAUAUCCUGCAACAUUGUACUUCAUGAAAGGCUUUGCUUUUCUCUUUGGAGCUGCCAUGCUCGUCAUUCCAAUGGGCAUCAUUGGAACCUUGGGUUGGGGCGAGAGGGAAAGGCCGUACAGCCAAUUUGAAGACGGUCCACGAGGUUCCACCGUUGCCAUCGAUGCCGGUUCCACCGUUGCCAUCGACGCUGAUUCCUCCUCCAAUCAGAAUGAACAAAUCUGUCAGGAUGUGUCCGAUUAACCUUGUAAUUUUGUAAUCAGUGAGCCAAUCAGAAUGAGUGUGUGCUGUCAGAGUGACCGAUAUAGCAGUUACAGUGACCUAAUCACCCAACGCAGAGUAUAGUCUGCUUCACUUGCUGCUCUGUCUGUUGCUGUAAGUUAAUCAGUUUGCUUUUCCACGUGGAAGUUCAACCAUCUGGAAGCAAGAAGAAGCUUAGAAUUGUACAGCACAGAUGGAGACCAUUCGGCCCACCGUGCCUUUGCUGGCUCUUUGGAAGAGCUAUCCAAUUAGUCCCAGUCUCCUGUUCUUUCCCCACUUCCCCCUGCAAAUUUUGAAAGUUAUUGAACCUGCUGCCAUUGCCCUUUCAGGCAGCAUGUUCCCGAUCACCACAACUCACUGCGUAAGUAGUUUUUCCUCAACUGCCUGCUAAUUCUUUUGCCGUUUACAUUAAAUCUGUUUCCCUCCAGUUACCGACCCUCCUGCCACUGGAAGCAGUUCCUCCUUUUAGCACCAUCCAAACCUGUCAGUAUUUUGCUUUCUAGCCCCACGCUCGUACUAUAGUUGGUCAUCGUUGUCCAUGUAGAUUUCCUCUGACUUUCCUUAGGGAUGAAAGGAACUGAACCAUCUUUGACUUGGGUUACUUGUAAAUUGAGCUUCAGACUUAUGCGGAGAUCCAGAGCUUGAACAUUUAUACUUAGGCCAUUGCAGCUGAAUUGUUAAUCCUCAGAAAUUGCAAAACUAACUUCAAGAAUGAUCAAAAAUUAUUACAUCGUUAUGAUUUUUUAAAGUUUUAAUUGAUUUUAAUAUCAUUGUCCAUGCACUCUCACCACAUCUUAAAGAGAGGUGGAAGAUGUUGAUGCAUUGUAACAGAAAAUGGUUGAAAUAAAGUGAUGGCUGCUCUGUU